GUGUCCGCGAUGGAAAUGGAUGUAGACUUUGAGCUGGUCUGACUGCUGCCGAGCUGCACUAGCAAGGAACACUUCAAAGCUGAUCCCCAUAUUUAAAGGCAGCUGAUCUUUCCUUCCUCGCUCUUGAAUUGAAGGUACGGUACAGAGUUGGGGGCAACUGUGGGGUAGACACAUGGUUCAAAAACGACACUCGGCGGCCAUUCCAGCCACGACCUUCAAGACAUCUCUCGUUCUCGGCGUGCUUCUCGCAGCCGCAUCCGUGUCCAGUUUCUACACCGUCGAAUCCGAUAUCAUAGGCCAACACAGCGAGCAUGAGCGGAUCACACGGCUAGCACUAGCCUGCCCACCGGGCGCCGCGUCCACACGAGACUGCUUCGAGCCCCUCUCGCUUAACCAGCUUGCGGGCGACAGAAGAACCUUCGGGGGAGUCGGGGCACCGGAUACACCACCGCCGGAAGGGCCAGAGGCGCACUGCGACGACGCGGACUUCUUCGAUUCCUCGGACUACCCGCAGAGCCGGGAGGAUGCUACGGAGGUGCUGCAGAAAUGCGUGACACACCUGCGGGGGAGAAUGAAGGAGGGUCUCGCGGAGGCGGAAUUGAUGUUGAAUGACAAGAAUCAGAUCGUUAAGGGGCAGGUCAACGUCGAUAGCGACUGCAUAUUCGGUCCCAUCAGCGUGAAGGGCCGCGCGAAAUGCAACACCCUGGAAGGACUGGGGAGGGCACUGCAUGGUGUCCAGGACUUCUAUUCUCAUAGCAAUUGGGCGGAUACGGCGGAGCCACCUUUUACCCCCGAGAACCCGCCUGGUUUGGAAUUGACCGAGCCCGCGCCACUAUUGGACCUGCGCUCCCGCGCGCCAAUCUCUGUUCCGCGGGAUCUGAGCACUGGAUGCUUCGCCGGCCCGCUGGUGGACAUGACCCCAGGGUUCCUGACCUGCAGUGGACGAGUAACCCACAACACGCUCAAUAAGGACGGCGGGAUGAUAAAUCUUGAAAGCGGCAAUACGACAUCGCCGUUCACUGACCGAGGGAAGAUCGGCAACAACUUUGGCCGCGCAGUGGAGGUCGCCGUGAAGGAUACUCAGCGGCAAUGGCAACACUUCCGCUCCGAGUUGAGGUCGAAAUAUGGGCCGGUGCGUGCGGGGCUCAUGAUCUGUGCGUUGACGAGCGAUGAUCCAGCCCAGUCCUGUCAGGGCCGGAAACUAGCGGUGGUAUUGGACAGCUCGAGGUUCAAUGCCGAUAUUGAUCCGGAGAAUCUCAGGACCGCGGCGGCGAAGGGUUUUAUCGAUAUGCUACACAACCAGGAGCAGGCCGGUGAUGACAGUAUACCGGACUUGGUCACCGUCGUUGGCUUUAGGGAUGCAGCAAAGGUGAUCUACCCGUUGGGUGAUCCAUCAAUUGCUGGAAUUGCACUCGACGGGAUCGAUGCGCAUGGUGAAAGCUCCGUUGCAAGUGGACUUGGUGCGGCAAUCGACGAGCUCGCGAAGGGUGCACAUGGUCUCGUUGGUACCGCGCACAAAUCCGGAAUCGUAGUCUUCACCAGCAGCGCAGACGAGGAUACCAAGAGGCUCGUCAACCAAGUGUCGCGCGCACGAGCUUUAGGAAUCCGCGUAGCCCUCGGUCAUCUAUCUCCACCGUCACCGAAAAGGGAGGAUCCCCCGGCCUCCUUGCUGGACCUCGCAACCGCUGUGCUCGACACGCGUGGUCUCUACGCAGAAAUCGACACACCCAGGGCGCUCACAAACUUUGUGGAGAUGUUCGUCGCCCACGGGCCAACAGACCACGACGAUGGCGGUGGUGCAGGCAGUGGUAUGGCACUUCUCCCGGGCCUAACAGUCUUCAUCCCCGCUGCGUCCUCGCACCCCAGUAUCUUCACGUACACCGCUCGCGCGGGCGAGAAGCUCGGUUUCUCCAUCCACGCUCUGGGCACGGAGUACCUCAACUCGACAUUGUGGGACGUUCGCAGUGCAACUGCGCUCGACGUGGAGGAGACGACCGAUUCGCACGGGAGAGUCACAAUUUCUGUCGAUGUGGUGACGAAGCUGGAGCUGGAGCUGUCUGUGCAUGCGAAGGAUCCGGGGAUGUUUUCGGUCGGGCUUGAAAGCUCGGUGUGGAGUGGGCAGUUGAAGCGGAAGCCGACUAUGAGUUAUCCCAAUGCUACAUGUCCGCAUGUUGUCAAGACUAUCACCGUCCUGUAUGUUUCUAGAACCUUCCCUGACAGCGGAUAUACGGCUGAUGAUGACGGGUAUAUACAGAACGGCAAAGACAAUAUUUCUAUGUCCUCUCACUCAGGAAUCGGAAAUGACGGUAAACGCUCCCGAACUCCGACCGCGAAUGUCGAGUUCCAUGCCGAAGCCGAGAUCACUGACCACCCCAGUACAGGGAGGACCAACCGGGCCGGCACAGAGAUCGCUAAUCAUCCCGGUACAUAACUGACGACAACGAUAUGGGUACCUAUCAUAGAUACAUAGACGGUACGGUAGACACGGCGUUUCGCGAAGGAUGCAUCGAAUUGGAAUGAGCGCUUUAUUUAUAUGCAUCCAUACAUACAUAGAGUGGGGGGGAAGGAGCGGAAAGACAAUACUAUAGACCGAUGCCCAUUGGCAUCCAGAUCCAGUUCCAGGCCCGCAACUAUCUAUCAUGCACUCCAUAUGUAUCAACGGCAGA